CCUGUUAAUGAAAACCAGUCUGUGUCACAUUUUGCUAAUUCCCAAGAUACAUCUAAGAAACUGACUAGUGAACGUUUUCAAUCUUUACAAGUGGAAAAAAGAAGAUUAGAAGAAAUUAUGCAUAGAUUUACAAAAAACAUUGAUAAUAUGAAGGACUUAUGUGUGUCUUGCGUUUCAUUGAGGUAAAUAGUACCUUAAAUUCAAUCGAGACGAAUUCAAAGGCGGAUGAUGUAAACGGGGAAUGGCAAGAGAAAUUUUCCAAGUACGACACAGACAAGAACGGUUUGAUCUCCGCAACGGAAUUACAGAAACUGUUAUUCAACGAGUCGAUCGGAUUCGUCACCAUUAAGCAAGCAACCAAUUAUAUACCUUUGUUGGAUAGAGGCGGCAAAGGGCAAAUUAGAUUCGACCAUCUCAAAAAAAUCGAACCGAUAAUGGCUAUUUUGUCACAGCGGAAAACAUUGAGUUUAGUGGACGACAAAAAAACUAUUUCGUCGACGGAUUUCCAGAAAUUGCUGUAUGAAAAUUUUAAACAGACAAUUUUCGAAUCGCUGGAAGAAGUUGAAGAAAUAAUCGACCUUAUUAAUAAAGACGAAAAUGGUCAAAUUAAAUAUAACAAGUUCAUGGAAAUAGAAAAUAUGUUGAAAGCUACGUUACAGUUGGACAAUUUAUUCGAGGUGUUUUCCAUAUUCGACACGGACAAACUUGGCGUUGUUACCGUUGAUGCAGUUCAGGCCUUGAUGGAAAUAGCAAACUCAGAAUCGGACGAUUUUGAAAAAGCCACAGAAGCGAUAAAGAAAUUUGAUAAAAACGGCGACGGUGUGAUUGAAUUUUCUGAGUUUUUACAAAAUAUCGAUAAUCUUAAUGAAGAUGAAUUUUCCAUAUUUGAAGAAUUUACCAAAAAGCUUAGUGUAACACUUUUUUAG